GGCGCAUAUUCUUCUAGAUCCGUUUUGAUCUUCACGAGUAUUUCUUCGCCCUACGCAUCUAUCUCUCCAUGGCGCACAGGCAUCGCGUCGCGAGGCUGCUGCGAUGGAAAUGGCGGCGCGCUGGACCUGCGAUGGCUCUUGUAAGUCACUGCCAGGAAUCCUCCAGCUCGUGGAUUGGAUUGCGGGAGUUUUGGCUCGGGAGGAUUGGCCACGGAUCGCGAUUUCCAUCUCUUUCUCCAUCGAGGGGCUAUUCCAUGGCUUCUGCGUCCACACAACCGCAAGAGAGUGAGAAUGUGAUGGCCGUGGACAUGGGGCUAAACAUUCUCAAGGACGGCGUGGAUGUCAAGAGCGAUGCUUUCCACGCAAAUCGCAAGGCUAUGGAAAGACUCGUCUCCGAGCUUCGUGAGAAUGUCCGCAAGGUUUGCAAUGACAGGGACCCGAAGACUCUCAGCCGCCAUAGAGCAAGAAACAAGCUCCUGCCGCGAGAAAGAAUCGACCAACUUUUGGAUGCUGGAUCGCCUUUCAUCGAAUUGUCCCAGCUAGCGGGAUUCGACAUGUAUGACGAGCAAGUUCCUUCUGGAGGGAUUGUCACAGGGAUUGGAUCGAUCCACGGCCGGCUGUGUAUGCUCGUCGCCAAUGAUCCAACAGUAAAAGGUGGAACUUACUAUCCUAUCACGGUAAAGAAGCACCUUCGAGCUCAAGAGAUCGCAGCUCAAUGCAGCCUCCCUUGUAUAUAUCUUGUGGACAGUGGAGGCGCAAAUCUCCCCCGGCAAGCCGACGUUUUCCCGGAUAGAGAUCACUUUGGCAGGAUUUUCUACAACCAAGCGCGGAUGUCCGAGGCUGGAAUACCUCAGAUAGCGCUUGUUCUGGGCUCGUGUACAGCAGGUGGUGCUUACGUUCCAGCCAUGGCCGAUGAGAGUGUCAUUGUGAAAGAAAAUGGGACGAUUUUUCUUGCUGGACCUCCCCUUGUCAAGGCUGCGACCGGAGAGGAAGUCACUGCUGAAAAUCUCGGAGGAGCCGAUUUGCACUGUAAAGUAUCAGGAGUAGCCGACCACUUUGCGAAAGAUGAGCUGCAUGCUCUUGGAAUUGGUCGAAAGAUUGUCCGGAAUUUACAUCUUGCUGCGUCAACUCCCAACGUAAAGCUGGACGAAGACGCUGUCGUAAGGGAACCAUUGUAUGAUCCUUCUGAAUUGCAUGGCAUCAUUCCAGAGGAUUUGAGGCAGUCUUAUGAUAUUCGCUCCGUCAUUGCUCGAAUUGUGGACGGAAGUGAGUUUCACGAGUUCAAGAAGCUAUAUGGAAGUACGCUGGUCACAGGAUUUGCAAAGAUUCAUGGACAGUCCGUUGGGAUUCUGGGAAACAAUGGAAUUCUUUUCACUGAGUCAGCCUUGAAAGGUGCUCACUUCAUUCAGCUCUGUGCUCAACGCCACAUUCCGCUACUAUUUCUUCAGAAUAUCACUGGCUUCAUGGUGGGAUCCAAAUCCGAGGCUAGUGGUAUUGCCAAAGCGGGUGCCAAAAUGGUCAUGGCUGUUGCUUGUGCCAAGGUGCCCAAGAUUACUGUGAUAGUCGGAGGGAGCUACGGCGCCGGGAACUAUGGAAUGUGCGGACGUGCUUACAGUCCCAACUUCCUUUUUCUGUGGCCAAACGCUAGGAUCUCGGUCAUGGGAGGCAGCCAGGCAGCAGGAGUUCUCGUGCAGAUUGAGAAGGAGCAACGCUCCAGGAAAGGAAAUCCAUGGAGCAAGGAAGAGGAGGAGCUGUUUAAAUCCAAGACUGUAGAGUCUUAUGAGCGAGAGGCCAAUCCUUAUUAUGCUACUGCCAGGCUUUGGGACGAUGGCGUGAUUGAUCCUGCGGACACGAGACAAGUUGUAGGACUGUGUCUCAAGGCCGCAUCUCAAAGCUCUCCACAAACUUCGAAGUACGGAGUUUUUCGGAUGUAACUACAGAAGAUUGGAUCUAACAAGAUCUGCAAGAUGAAUACUAUUUUAUAGUCCUCAACUUUACUUAUUCAUUCUUA